AUGUCGCAGGGCCUGAAUUAUAUGUUGGAGGAGAACGGGGUCCAAAACCGAAAGGGAAAUUCGAUUUUUUCAGGUUUAUAUUGUCUUGGAAGAUUUGACGGAUGGACAUGCUGGCCACCCACCCCGGCGGGUUCCGUAGCACAGCAACCCUGUCCCAGUUUCCCAGUAGAUUCAGUCUAUUAUAAAUGCGAAGAGGAUGGACGCUGGAUUUUCAACACAGAAAACUACAGUUGAAUUAAUUACACCACAUGUGUUAACCUUCAGGAUUUAAAUUUUCGGAAAAGUAUUACAAUUGUCAACUCCGUUGGAUAUGGAAUAUCUUUCAUAGCAUUAACAAUAUCACUGGGUCUCUUAUUAUAUUUUAAGUCAUUAAGAUGUGCCAGAAUACUCAUUCAUAUGAACCUAUUUACUUCAUUUGCUGUAAACAACUUCCUGUGGCUUGUGUGGAAUUGUUUAUUGCUUUGUAAACCGGAAAUGCUACAGGAGAAUUCAGAAUGGUGUAUUACGUUGUACAUAAUCCUACAAACGUUUCUCAUAUCGAAUUAUUCGUGGAUGUUGUGUGAAGGUUUAUACCUCCACACAGUGCUCGUUUGGGCCUUUAUAUCGGAAGCUCGUCUAUUUAAAUGGAUGUUGGUGAUUGGAUGGGGGAUACCAUUGUGGAAAAUGAUCAUUCACGUUACUGUUCGCGCUACGUUAGGAAAUGAAAAGGAUCUACUAGAAUGCUGGACGGUGGAGUCGGAUUUCGACAUAAUCAAGCAAAUUUCAGUCGCGUGCACAAUCAUAUUUAACUUAAUUUUUCUACUGAACAUCGUCAGAGUAGUCAUUACAAAGUUGAAAGCUGGGCCAGGCCAUGAGUCAGGAUCGUCUAGGUCGUCUGUUCAAGCUUUAAGAGCAACAUUGUUACUGGUUCCACUUUUGGGUAUCAACUAUUUGCUCAUCUCCGCACGUCCGAACAAGGGUAGUCCGUGGGAGCCUGCCUAUGAGUAUAUUUCGGCAAUAACAACUUCCUUACAGGUACUUAUUAUUAACAUCAUUAUUCCUCAUUCAUCAAAAGAUUUAUUUCUUUAA